AUGGGGAUGAGCAAACCAUUAUCAGAGAGCAGUGCUGCUCCCACACAAACUGUGGAAGGGCCCAGAGUGCCUCUGGACAGCAUCCCUGGAGAAUCACUCCUGGGAACAACUGUUCCCCUGCAGAAAGGCACUGUGGCCAAGCCACCCGCGGAUGCUGCUGGUGCACUGAAAGGUUCUUCCCCAGCUCCAGGUGGAGGUCUGUCACCACCGGUGGCACAUGUCCCAGCUGCUCAACCAGUGCCAGGGACUAAAGCAUCUUCUCCAGUAACUGGCAAAUCGGCUGAUGCCCAUGAGUUGGUGCAGCUGGGCAAUGGUAUCGCUGCAGAGGGGAUGCCGGGGACAGCAUGGACUGAAAUGCCACCACUCCACCAGGAUAAGCACAGCAUGUGGAUGUUAGUCCACAGCACCAGUGAGAGCUCUGCUGAGCCACAUGCAACCUCUGUUCUCCCGUCCCAGGAGGACGUGCUAGGGCUGGACAAGGCCACCUCACCUCUGGCCACAGCAACCAGCAUCUUUCAGGACACAGGCAACAUCAUGAAGUUGGCAGCAGCCCCAGCCAGCCCUGCUACUGGCCUCCAUGGUGCCCCAACCCAUGCAGCCACAGAGGGAGCUAGAAUGGCAGCCCCACCAUCUGCAGACAACCCAAGUACAUCCUCAGCAAAGGUCACCUUUUCUUCUGCCACAACUGGCACCAGUGAGGCUACACAGCCAGGGACACGUUUCUUAUCCAGUGCUGGCCACAGUGCCCUGCAGGACUCCCCUUUGCCCUCCACUCAGCCACCUCCAGGCCUUUUGAGUCUGCUCCCUCAUGGUGCUGUACCAGGAACAGGAGAGAUGCUCUCUUCCAGCCACAGUGGGGCCCUUGGCACUGCUGGAGCCAAUGCUGUCACUCACCCUCAGGCCACCCCAGCAGCUCCAGGCACACCAGCUAUGGUGAUGGACAUCACCACUGCAGAGCAAGUCCCCACUCCAUUGUUUGCAGCUCUGGGAAGCACUGGCACUGAGCUGGCAUCCAUCAGGAGCAAACCCAGAGCCACAAGAGCAGGCCCUGGGGCCACCACAGCAGAGGUGGCUGCAAGUGGAUCCCUUCCAUCUGGACGGAGCAUGGCCAUGACCUUGUCCCUCAGGGGCGCUGGUGGAGCAGAAGGGCCAGCUUCCAUCCAUGUGAUCAUCAGUGCCGAAUCAUCACCAGAGACACCUGCCAAAGGGACUGAGGCUCCUGAAACCAGCCCCGCCACGGAUCUGCGUGUCCUGCCUCCCAGGGGUGCUCACUCUGCUCCACCAGCCACGGCUAACCCAAGCCCAGCACCGGCCACAGCCAGUCCCCUCCGCAGUGCCACCACCAGCAAGACACCCCAGCCACCCCCCAGAAAUGCAGCCAUGGAGGGAGGCAGGGACAAGUCCCAGGUGAAAGAAGAUGGCAGCACCACGCAGGCAGCUCCAGGCUCAACCCCGGCUGAAAAUGCAAGGGUGGGUGCUGUGGCAGGCACCCCUCUCAGUGGCAGCACCACCCUAGAGACUGCCCUGCCGGAAUCACCCUCUGCCACAGCCCAUGUUGCUGCCUGGGACCGCAACUAUCACACUGCUGGGCCCACCAUGGACAUGGAUAUGGGCAUGGACUUAGAUAUGGAUGCAGCUUCUCCCACCACAAGGAACAGGGCUAUGGGGCUGCCUCUGGGGUUGCCCACUCCCAUGGCUGGGGUGGCUGAGCCAGGCACUGGUGAUGCCACCUUGGCACACUCUGGCGCAGGCAGCAAAAGCCCUACAGCAGUGGCCAUCAUGGGCACAGUGUCUCUUGAAGCUCCAGAGCUGGUUCCUGGUCUCACUCACAGUCCUGCUGAGCCAGAGGUCAGUGUGUCGUCUCCUGUCCCCAGGAGCACCCAUCCGGUGGUGGUAGCACCCUCCACCACCCCCAGCAUCACCAUCACUCAUCCAGCAUCGGGAGCAGGUGAUGCUAGGCUGGUCAGGAUCACGACAACACUCCCUUCAGCUGUCCCCAGUGGUACCUCCACUGUCACCCCAAAGCCAUUCCAUGAAGCCACCAAUAAUAGACAAGACCCAGGCUUGAAAGCUCACAGCCCAGUCACUGAGGAUGAGCCCAUAUCUGGGGGCUCCUCACUGGCUGUUGGCCACACACACAUGUGGGAGACUACAGCUGCAUCCUGGUCAGGUGCUGGGUUUACCACUGCUCAGGCAGACACGGCCCCUUUGGGGAGCAGUGCCAAGGGUGCAGCACCCCCAGCCAGCAUUGACAGCACCUAUGUGCCUGUUUCCAAUAGUGGUGGCACAAGCCCAGACAAGACACCAGCUGCCAGCAUUUUCCCUAGCAACAGCAUCCUACACAGCACCUCAGCUGGAUGGGAGAACUCUGUGAUGACUGGGGCCACUGCAACCAUGAUAUCUGCCACAGCAAAGGGAACCACCACCAGCAGUUCAGUGUCCCUCGCUCUAAUGCACAUAAAGGGAGGUGGAGGUAGGCAACCUGUCCUACACCCAGUAGAACACAGCCCUGUGGAGGAGAUAGCUACAAGGACCUGGGAUGUGCUCAGUACCAGCCCUACCAUCACAGUGCCUGGUUCACCCCUUUUGAGCCCGUACGGACCAGCAGGGGAGCCAGCAACAGUACCCUCAUCUCUGCUUGGAUUUCAUGCAGUUGGGGAGGCAAGAGCCAGAGAGAGUCUUUCAGAGCCGGAAAGAGGCACCAAUUUGCCCAGAACUGUCAGCAACCAUACCAUGAGACAGGCAGAGAGCACAUCAGCUCCUGCCUUCUGGACAUCACCUUCGACAUCUGCCUGGGGGAAGAAAACAACCAUGACUGCAGACAGACAGAGAAGCAUCACUGCAAAGAGCAAAACAGACAUCACUGAGGGGAGCAUGACUGCCAUCACUGCAGAAACAAACACAGCCAUGACUACACACAGGACCACAGUCAUCACUGUAGACAGACCCAGAGCCACCACUGCAAACACAACCACAGCCAUCACUGCAGACAGGCCUACAGCCACCCCUGCAGGAACAACCACAGCCAUUGCUGCAGACAGAACCACAGCCAUGACUACAGACAGAACCACAGUGAAAACUGCAGACACAAUCACAACGAUGAUUUCAGGCACAAACACAGCCACGACUUCAGCCAUCACUGCAGACACAACCACAGCCAUCACUGCAGACACAACCACCACAGCCAGCACUGCAGACACAACCUCAGCCAUCACUGGAGGCACAACCACAGCCAUCACUGCAGAUACAAUCACAGCCACCACUGCAGACACAACCACAGCCACCACUGCAGAUACAACCACAGCCACCACUGCAGAUACAACCACAGCCACCACUGCAGAUACAACCUCAGCCAGCACUGCAGACACAACCACAGCCAGCACUGCAGAUACAACCACAGCCACCACUGCAGACACAGCCACAGCCACCACUGCAGAUACAACCACAGCCACCACUGCAGAUACAACCACAGCCACCACUGCAGACACAACCACAGCCACCACUGCAGACACAACCACAGCCACCACUGCAGACACAACCUCAGCCACCACUGCAGAUACAACCACAGCCAUCACUGCAGAUACAACCACAGCCACCACUGCAGAUACAACCACAGCCACCACUGCAACUGCAGACACAACCUCAGCCACCACUGCAGAUACAACCACAGCCAUCACUGCAGAUACAACCACAGCCAGCACUGCAGAUACAACCACAGCCACCACUGCAGACACAACCACAGCCAUCACUGCAGACACAACCACAGCCACCACUGCAGACACAACCACAGCCACCACUGCAGACACAACCACAGCCAUCACUGCAGACACAACCACAGCCACCACUGCAGAUACAACCACAGCCACCACUGCAGACACAACCACAGCCAUCACUGCAGACAGAACCACAGCCAUCACUGCAGACACAGACAAAGCCACCACUGCAGACACAACCUCAGCCAUCACUGCAGGCACAACCUCAGCCAUCACUGCAGACACAACCGCAGCCACGACUGCAAACACAACCACAACCACCACUGAAGACACAACCGCAGCCACCACUGCAGACACAACCGCAGCCACCACUGCAGACACAACCACAGCCACCACUGCAGACACAACCUCAGCCAUCACUGCAGACACAACCACAGCCACCACUGAAGACACAACCACAGCCACUACUGCAGACACAACCACAGCCAUCACUGCAGACAGACCCACAGCCACCACUGCAAACACAACCUCAGCCACCACUGCAGGAACAACCGCAGCCAUCACCGCAGGCACAACCUCAGCCAUCACUGCAGAUACAACCACAGCCAUCACUGCAGACACAACCACAGCCACCACUGCAGACACAACCACAGCCAUCACUGCAGACACAACCACAGCCACCACUGCAGACACAACCACAGCCAUCACUGCAGACACAACCACAGCCACCACUGCAGACACAACCUCAGCCAUCACUGCAGACACAACCACAGCCACCACUGCAGACACAACCACAGCCACCACUGCAGACACAACCACAGCCACCACUGCAGACACAACCACAGCCACCACUGCAGACACAACCACAGCCAUCACUGCAGACACAACCACAGCCAUCACUGCAGACACAACCACAGCCACCACUGCAGACACAACCACAGCCAUCACUGCAGACACAACCACAGCCACCACUGCAGACACAACCACAGCCACCACUGCAGACACAGCCACAGCCAGCACUGCAGACACAACCACAGCCACCACUGCAGACACAACCACAGCCAUCACUGCAGACACAACCACAACCACCACUGCAGACACAACCACAGCCACCACUGCAGACACAACCACAGCCACCACUGCAGACACAACCACAGCCAUCACUGCAGACACAACCACAACCAUCACUGCAGACAGAACCUCAGCCACCACUGAAGACACAACCACAGCCAUCACUGCAGAUACAACCACAGCCACCACUGCAGACACGACCUCAGCCAUCACUGCAGAUACAACCACAGCCAUCACUGCAGAUACAACCACAGCCACCACUGCAGAUACAACCAAAGCCAUCACUGCAGACACAAUCACAACGAGGAUUUCAGGCGCAACCACAGCCACCACUGCAGACAGAUUUAAAACCAUCCCUGCAGGGAGCACUGCAGCUGUUGCAUCCAAAUUCUCAUUGAGUCCAGGCAAGGAGGCAGGUGAUGUCCUGGCUGAGGGCACUACCAUAUCUUUGAAACUAGCUGUUACCAGCAGACCUACCACUGCCCCAUCUCCUGCCUUUGGGGCACAGAGGGGACUGGCCACAACAUCAAGCACAUCUUCCGACUCCACUGUUCAUGGAAAUCCUGCCCCUGAGCUCGCACCCACCAGUGGGAUUGCAAUGCCGGCAGCCUUGCUCUACCCCUUCGGCACAAAGGAAGGGGACCAGGAGUGUGUCCAGAGGACAGUGGAUUUUAACUCCCCCCUGUUCAAGCCAGAGAUCGGGUUCCCCUUUGGGAAUUCACUGCAGGAUGCUCUCUACUUUACAGAUAAUGGACAGAUCAUUUUCCCACCCACGGACAACUACGUCCCCUCCAAUCCCAACCCACCUCCCCAGGGCUUCAGUGGGCAGGAGGGUUUGCCAAUGGUGGCCGCCUUCUGGGACGACGCAGAUUUCUCCGGGGGUGUCGGCACUACCUGGUACCAGGAGUACUCCACACUCAGCUCUACCCGAGACCCCCUUGUUCAUGAUGUGGAAGCAAAGAUCAAGAAAUACCUGAAAAUCCCCUACGUAGCAAAAUGGACCUUGAAGGUGACAUGGGAGAAGGCUCCAGCGUACCCGUCCCAGAGGAAUGACACCCGGACGAACACCUACCAGGCAAUCCUCACCACUGAUGGGAACCGUUCCUUCACCCUGCUGCUGUACCAGGAUGGCGGGAUGCAGUGGGACUACACCAAGCUGGCUGCAGACAACGUGCUGAUUGGCUUCUCCAGUGGCAAUGGCUAUGCCCAAAACAAUGAGCUGACUCAAAAGCCGGCGGCUGUCAAGUACCGACCUGACCAGCACAGCAGCACCAGCACCGAUGUGCGUGGUCUGUGGAUCUACAGGCUGGACAGCCGCUCCCGGGUGAACUACAGGCUGCGGUGCCUGGCGUGGCUGGACGCAGAGCCAUCACCAGCCGCCUGGAACGCUCAGCUCCCACCCUGCCCCUGUUCCUGGCCCCAGGCAGAGCUGGACCCUCGCUUCCGCCUCAGUGCAGGCCCAGCAGACCCCUCCGUGAGGAUGCUGCGCACUGCAUCCCCAAGCCUGGCGGGAGCCGGGGUGCGGUGUCUGUACCGAGAUAGGAGCUUGCUUGAAGGCUGGCAGGAAAGAGCAUGGAGCCUCCCCAUUCACCCUGCCGCUGAUGGGGAGCUGGAGGCAUUUGACUGGUGCUGUCAGCGCGUUGGGAAGCCCCUGUUCUGUGCAAGGUUUGCUGAGAAGAGACCAAGGGUUGGCUGCGAGGGAUAUAUGCCACCCACCCCUGCUGGUGCCUUUGGGGACCCCCACAUCACCACUAUGGAUGGACUCACCUACACCUUCAAUGGCCUUGGGGACUUUGCCCUGCUGCUAGCUAGUGAUGCCCAGACCAGCUUUGUGCUGCACGGCCGCACAGUCCGGACUGGCAUGGCUCAGGCCACCAAUUUCGUGGCCUUUGCUGCCCAGUACACCUCCACCACCACAACAACAGUUGAGUGGACCUUGGGGAGCUGGGGUGAUGUCCAAGUCCUCCUGAACCAUGAAACCAUCCAGUUUUCCUACGCCCAAGAUAUGGGUGCUGAGGUGUACUACAGCCCUGGUGUCCUGCUGGUCAAUGGCUCUUCUAUCACGGCUGUUUUCAAUGGGGCCAUUGCCAUCACCGUCUCAGCCACCUCCAGGAUCCUCAACAUGGUCUGCAGCCUUCCCGAUCAAUACCGCAACAGCACCAAGGGCCUCCUGGGUGUGUGGGACCAUGACCCUGCAGACGACUUCCAGAUGCCAAAUGGUACCAGCAUCCCUGUGAACAGCAGUGAGGAGGAGAUCUACAGCUAUGGUUUGACCUGGGCUGUUGGAGAGCACAGCCUGUUUACUCAGCCUCUGGGUUUACCAGCAAUGAACUUCACACCCAUCUUCUUGUCUCGGCUGCGGCAGGAGGAUGAAAGCCAGUACCAGCUGGCAGCCUCACAGUGCCGUGGCAGCAAGGAGUGCAUCUAUGAUUCACUGAGCACAGGGGACAUGGCUCUGGGUCUGGCCACCCAGAACUUCACAGCCGACUUCCAGCAGAAGAAGACAGUACUCAAUGCCUUCCCUCCCAUCAUCACUGGUGAUGCGUCACUCACAGCCUUUAGGACAGAAAGGGUCAGGAGGCAGUACCGUGCUGUGGGGCUGGGUGCACACUUUGUCCCCCACCUCUCACCAGAGCUCAACAUAUCGGAGAGUGGCACCUUGACGUGGGAGCCCCGUGGGACAGCCCCACUCACCAUCGACCUGGAGGCUAUUGGGUCCAACAACCUCUCUGCCCUCCUCCAGCUCCACUUCACACUUUGCAGCUGCAGCAGGAUCCAGGAGUGCGAUUACAGCAACACCGUUACCGUUGGGGGGUCCUCCCUGCAGUUGGCAGCCUGCAGGUGUGAGGGUGGCUACUCGGGUCCCUUGUGCCAGGACCCUCCGGACCCCUGUGCCCAGGGAUGCUUCCCUGGGGUGCGCUGCGACUCCCUUGCUGGCUGCGGCCCCUGCCCAGCUGGCCUGACUGGUGACGGGCGGCACUGCUCAGAUAUCGACGAGUGCGCUCAGGGGACGGCAUGCCUGGGGAACACCACGUGCACCAACACGGUGGGCAGCUACACCUGCUCCUGCCCAGCUGGCGAGGAGGGGGAGGGGCCAGGCUGUGGCUCAGCCUGCGGCUCCCGCUCCUGCCCCACGGGAUACUGCAAUAACGGGGGACGCUGCCACUUGCACCCCAUCACCUGCACCCCCAGCUGCGCCUGCCCCCCGGCCUUCACCGACCAGCGCUGCCUGGUGGCAGGGGGGGAUUUUCGGCCGUUGCCCAGCGCAGGCCUGCCCCGGAGGAGCAUCCGGCUGCGGGCCAGGACGCUGCGAAACGCCACUGCCGAGGAAGUCAAUGGCACUGUCUCAGCCAUCCUGGCCUCCCUGGAGGUAAAGGCUUUCCAGUGCAACACCAACAUCACCCAAAUGAGAGGCAGUGAUGGAUUCACCUUCGCAGUGGUGUCUGAGUUCGCCUAUGACAGCCGCGGCACCAUCAUCAAAUUCCUGAAUGAGGAGCUGCCGGGGGCCAUCACCGGCGCCUUCAACAGGCACUGGGGACAGCGGGAAGCAGGCACUCGCCUCCUCUUCCACCGCCUGCACCGGGACAACAUCACUGACCUGGUGAAGCUGACAGUGGCUGAGCUGCGACACUAUUUCCCCUGCAAUCUGUAUGGUUACAAAGGAUACCAGCUUCACUAUGUGGGGACUGUCGGCUUCGUCUGCAUCUCCCCUUGCAAGAAGGGCUACUGCCAGCAUGGUGGCCAGUGCCAGCACCUGCCCGAGGGUCCCACCUGCAGCUGCCUGCCCUUCUCCAUGUUCUCUCCAGUCGGUGCCCGGUGCGAGCAGCUGGCCAUCAGCUUCACUGCCUUCCUCAGCAUCUUGCUGGUAGUCGUGGCUCUGCUCUGCCUCUCACUCGGCAUCGUCUGCCUGGCCUCACACCUCUGCCACCGGCAGCGCCGCCAGCACCAGGGGGCCAGGGACACCUUCUGGAUGCCACGGCCCUUCUCCUCUCUGACGAUGGCAGGAGAGCAAGCAGAGCCCACCCACUCUCACUCCAUGGAAAGCCUUUGGGAACUGCAGCUCCAGCCCGUUGACCCCCUAGUCCAGAUGAGGAUCCAGAGACCCCACAUCAGCCCUCCAAGCCAGCCCCCCCAGCAGCCUUAGCUUGCCACUGGUCCUGCCCCAGCACCCCUGGGCUCACAGAGGAGCCAGCUGCUGCUUCCAGCCCCACCACCCGCUCUCAAGGUCUCCAGCAACAGCGCCUGCAUGGAGGCAGGGGAUGGCAGCUGUCCUUUGGAGCCUGGUGCUUGUGGGAGGACUCACUCUGGAGGAAGUGGUUUCAUUGAAUCAGAAAUGUGCUGUUACAGUGGAUGGCCAAAGCAAGAGGAUUUUACCUUCCACUGAGGACCUUGCAGAGGCAACUGGGAUAAUCCUUGAGUGUGUCUGCACUGGGGUAUGCUUUAGUGCAACAUAACCAGACCUAGCAGAGCCACUGAUAUGGUCAGGUGGAACAAUGCAGUGAUUAUAACCCAUUAGGAACAAAAUAGAAUAAAUCAACAAUGAUGGCAUGCUGCUAA